AUGGCGGCCGAUUUAGCAGAGGACCCGUCCGCUGCGGCGCUCGACCUCGACAACUCAGAGGCCUACGACUCGGCCGAAGACGAAGACUUUCAACUUGAUGCCGGCGAUAAUGACGAGGAAGCUGGCGACGAUUCCGGGUUCUCCACCUCAGAGGACGAAAACGAGGCGGGGGAUAGCAGGCCGAACAAGAAACGGAAACUCGACAAGAUAAGUUUAAAAAGAAAGAGAAAGGGAGGGCGUGAUACUGCCGAGGUGGAUCGGAUGGAGUUAGAUUCGGGGGAUGAAGUCACGAUACAGAAGGCAAAAAGCAAGCGGAAGAAAGUGACAAGUGGGAAGGAUGCUGAAGAGGAGGAGGAGGAGGAUAUAUUAUUUGACGAUGAUGAUGAAGGUGGGGAAGGGGGAUUUGUUAAGACCCGGUCUAUGAGGAUGAAGAUACAAGAAGACCGCAAACCCCUCGCCAAUAUAGACGGAGCGACAAUCGACGUCAACACAUUAUGGGCGAAAAUGAAUGCGCCAGAUAGUGACUCCGGUCUUUUACCCACGUCUAAGCCGGCAACAACAGAAAACGAGACGCAAGAACCCUCUUCCGACCAAAAUAAGGAAAACAUAACCGAGGCUUCAGAGAAAAUCCCCUCCGAAGACCUGAUCAAAAUCAAACGCACCUACAAAUUCGCUGGCCAAAUACACACCGAGGAAAAACUGGUCGCGCGCGACUCCGCCGAAGCAAAACUGUACCUCGCGGAAACGGCAAAUGGAGAGAAAGGGACACCGGAUACGGAAUCACAAUCGGAUAGUACGACGAGAAAGCUGCGUCGUCCGCUCCGCAAGGUCUCCCGUUUCGACCCGAACCCGUCUGGGGUGAUCAAGAAGAGCUGGGAGAAACAGGCCAUCUCGAUAGCAGGCGAGCAAGAUGCCAAGGGGCCCAAGCUCAAUACAGUUGAGAAAUCACGGCUGGAUUGGGCGCAGUAUGUGGAUGUAUCGGGUAUUAAGGAUGAACUCAACGUGCACAGUAAAGCGAAAGAAGGGUUCUUGGGUCGGAUGGAUUUCUUGGACAGGGUUGAUGCGAAGAGGGAAGAAGAAAGAAGGAACAUUCGUCUUCAGGGUUUAUAG